GGAUAUCAUGUCCAUUUACAAGGAACCACCCCCAGGAAUGUUUGUUGUGCCUGAUCCCCACGACAUGACCAAGAUUCAUGCAUUGAUCACAGGCCCAUUUGACACGCCUUAUGAAGGGGGUUUCUUCUUGUUCCUGUUUCGCUGUCCUCCAGAUUAUCCCAUCCACCCACCCCGGGUCAAACUGAUGACAACGGGAAAUAACACAGUGAGGUUUAACCCCAACUUCUACCGCAAUGGGAAGGUCUGCCUGAGUAUUCUGGGCACCUGGACCGGGCCUGCCUGGAGCCCAGCUCAGAGUAUCUCCUCAGUCCUCAUCUCCAUCCAGUCCCUGAUGACUGAGAACCCUUAUCACAACGAGCCCGGCUUCGAGCAGGAGAGGCACCCUGGGGACAGCAAGAACUACAACGAGUGCAUCCGGCACGAGACCAUCCGGGUGGCAGUGUGUGACAUGCUGGAAGGGAAGUGUCCCUGUCCCGAGCCUUUAAGGGGUGUCAUGGAGAAGUCCUUCAUGGAAUACUACGACUUCUACGAAGGGGUGUGUAAAGAGAGGCUGUAUCUCCAGGGACAGACCAUGCAGGAUCCCUUCGGUGAGAAGCGAGGCCACUUUGACUACCAGUCGCUGCUGGUGCGUUUGCAGGGGAUCCGGCAGAGGGUGCAGGAGAGGCACCAGCAGGAGCCCCCGGAGAUGGACUCAGAGAGCAGCUCCUCCGAGACAGAGACGGACCCGCAGGGCUGCUCCAAAGCUUAGGGGGGGCUGCUCUGCCCACAGCCCCGACAGACUCCACCACCCACCCACUGCCAGAGCAGGGACA